AUGUCCAACAGCAUUACGGCAACGGUGUUGGAGGAGGAACCAAAGAAAGCUGUCGCCAGUGGCAUUGAAGUCCAAUCGGUGUUGUCAUCGAGAGAAGAGAAAAUCAACCAGAAUGCCCAUGCGCAACUCAAGAACCCCUUUGCUGAUCCCGCAGUGGAAACUUACUACAGGAACUUGUAUGCAUCUGUGGGUUACGAAUGCGACAAAGCGUUUGACCCCGCGAUGGAAUUGACGGAGGAGGAAGAACGCAGGAUUGUCCUCAAAUUGGUGGCAUUAUCGGCAUGUUUGAUGUUUGCUAGUUUGCAAAUUGACAGAGGCAACAUCCAGCAGGCUGUCACUGACAACAUGUUGGGUGACUUGCAACAAUUACAACACCGGCAACACCAUUUUCCUCGUGGCAUUCCUUUGCGCUGAAAUCCCCAGCCAGUUGAAUUCUAAAUGGAUAGGUCCUGAUAUCUUCAUCCCUAUUGGUUGGCUGGAGCAUCGUUGCCACUUGUCAAAUCGCCCUAUCUGGAAAGACUUUGUUUUACAUCACGAGGGCAUUGAUUGGUAUGUUGGAAGGUGGAUUCAUUGCUGAUCUCAUAUUAUGGCUCAGUUAUUUCUACGCCAGCAAGGAACUACCUGUGAGACUAUCAUGGUUCUGGACGACAUUGACAUUGACUCAGAUUGUAUGUAGUGUUCUCCGAGCGGAUCAACGAGCGGGCAUUGGUGAUGUGCAUUGCCCCACUUUUCGCUGUUCCUUUGAUUGGGUUGAUCCGCUGGUGGCCAGGCGCGGGACACAAGAUCUGGCCCACGUAUGUCCUCAACACUUUGUUCCUUGGCCAGCCAUACGUCUUGGCCAUCGGUGCUUCGUGGUGCUCGAGAAACUCCGGCUCAGUGAGACAGCGGUCAAUCAGUGCUGCCGUUUAUAACAUGAUUGGGCAGAUUGACAAUAUCAUCGGCAUCAACAUCUACAGGACGGACGAUUUGCCAUUAUAUCAUCGCGGUAACAUGCAACUAUUCUUCAUGACCAUUGCUACGAUCCCCGUGUUGCUCUUGGCUAAAGUCUUAUUACGUGGCAAGAAACCAUUAUAA